AAAUUGGAUCUACAUAUAAACGUGGUUUGCGCUGUAGCUGUCGUACCAGUUUGGUGUGUAUGUGGUUACUGUACGGUUAAUGUUUUGCGAGUAUUGUGGAGCAGAAAAGUAUAAGCACGGAAAAAACAAUAAAACAUGGGAGAAAAGGAAGAACCAAUCGAACUUGAAGAAUGCGAUUUAGAGAAAGGGGAAAAAGUUAAAUUGAAUGAAGAAGUUGAACCUGAGGUGGCUUCGCAGAAAAAUGGGAGAAGUUGUAUAGGGAUUCUUUUGAUCCCCGUCCUAUUUCUAAAAUCAUUUUACUCUGAAAGGAAAACUGUCUUCAAAUAUAUUUUCCUUGGCUUGUUGCUUACAGGUUACAUGGUGUAUUUCAUCAUAGCCAUAGCUAGAGACCCCCUCGCUGCUAAACCUCUCAUCAUACUAACACUGGUUAUUCUGUUUCUUGUUUUGUACGAGUUGAGGUUCAAGAAGUUAUUCUUGUUAUUCUUUAAACAAAUCAAAUCAAAGGUUCAUAUUAAAAAGGAAACCAAGAACAAGAUCACACGGUUUCUGCCAUAUGUUCAGAUCUUGAUAUGUGUUGCUUUCUGUAUAUGGUUGUUGGUUGAUAUGAUUAUAAGGAAUCCAAGCACUCUCAUAUCAGUUGUUGGGUUCAUUGUAAUACUGGUGGUUUGUAUAUGUGCUUCUACGCAACCAAAAUGUAUCAACUGGCGACCAGUUAUUUGGGGGAUUGGUCUUCAAUUUAUCCUUGGGCUCGUAGUUCUACGCACCAGUGCUGGGUACACUGCUAUUAAGUUCAUUGGGGACCAGAUUGCUACUUUCAUGAAAUACACUGAUAGUGGAUCGACGUUUGUGUUCGGAUAUCUACCAAGCGAUCAUAUCUUCGCUUUCAAGGUUCUUCCCAUGAUCGUGUUCUUUAGCAUGGUAACCAACAUGUUGUUCUACGUUGGUUUAAUGCAAUGGUUCAUCGCAAAACUUGCGUAUCUCACCCAAAUCACAUUGGGAACAUCUGCCAUUGAAUCUGCAGUGGCGAUCGCAAAUAUAUUUGUGGGAAUGACAGAAGCGCCCUUGAUAGUACGUCCGUACCUUCCUGAGUUAACCAAAGCUGAGAUCCACUCCGUUCUCACCACUGGGCUCGCUUCAAUCUCAUUCUCCGUGUUUGGGGUCUACAUUGGGUUCGGGGUCGAUGGCGUCCAUCUGCUCACAGCAUGUGUAAUGUCGGCACCAGCAGGAUUAGUAGUAUCUAGGUUGUUGUAUCCUGAGGUGGAGAAAUCUAAGUUCAUGAACACGGGAUCCCUUGCUCUGUCUGCGGGAACAAACCGCAACAUAGUGGAAGCAGCAGCAGCUGGAGCUUCCAUGUCAAUCAAACUCGUCGCAAAUAUCGGAGCAAAUUUGAUCGCUUUCCUUGCGUUGCUUGCUUUUAUUAACGCAACGUUGCACUGGUUUGGGGCGUUUGUUGGAAUCCCUCAGCUGUCUUUUGAGGUAAUCUGCAGCUACCUUUUCAUGCCCGUGGCUUUCCUGAUGGGAGCUGAUUGGGAAGAUUGUUUCCUCGUUGGUCAGUUAUUUGGCAUGAAGACUUUCCUUAAUGAGUUUAUCGCAUACGAAGCGAUGAAACCAUUUAUCAACAACAGAUUGAACCAAAAUGUUGUCCCCAAGUUUAUCAAUGGAACCAUACAGUAUAUGUCGGAGAGAUCGGAAAUGGUGGCCAUUCAUGCAUUGUGUGGUUUCUGUAAUGUCAGUUCACUUGGUAUUAUUAUUGGUGGUUUAAGUGUUCUGAUGCCAAACAAAAAGAAAGAUUUAGCCGAGAUGUCGGUGCGAGCCCUUAUGGGUGGGAUGAUUGCUUGUUGUAUGACGGCUUCUAUAUCAGGAAUGUUAUUUGUUGAACCCAUCUUGGCAUCUACUUCCAAUAUGACAGCCACCCCUUCACCAUGAAGUUACAAACAUAUUUUUACCUUCCCUGCUUAGUGGUUUCCACUCCUUCUACACUCCAUCAUACACAACUUUUUAUACUUUCCUACUUUGCUUGAAGCAUUGUGUACAUAAGUCCACUGCCAUUAUUUCAAUCAUGUAGCAUCUGAUACACAAGUGCCUUAGAUAUCAAGACAACUCCUUUGAGUAUUCUUUGUUUUCUACAAAAUGGGACAACAAAAAAAAUUCAAAACAUGGACCAUCUUACCCCAACCUACUGUAUUGCACCAGAUAGUAUUUGCAAUGUAUUGAAACAACAACUGCUGGCUUCAUUUGGAAAAUCUUUAACUUCUAAUUCUUCUACAUUCCUUACCUUGUUACUCAAUGAAGCAUCCGUGGUUUGUUACGAAUAUAUAUAUAAAUAGUAUGCCUCCUGAAAUAAACCUACAACGAGGAAAUUAAUGCCUAUGUUUGAAGCCGACCCUACGAUGCCUCUCAAGAUUUAGUUCUUACUUUGCGAAAACGUUCUGUGUGUUUGAAUGAAACUACAAUGUACAUUGAAAGAGUAUCAACCCAAGCUGAAGUAUUUAUCUUGUCAUCCCUGGAAGCCAAACCUGCUAUACACCUCCCUGUUGCUUGAAACUUUUCCACAUCUGGUCAAAACCGCUGUUAUUCUGCUGCUCAUUCCGUUCACAUUCAUCUACAGUUCCCCUUUUUAUAAUUUAUUGUGUGCUUCUCUUUCAUACAAGCAACACUAGGAUGUCCCCCCCACUCCUACUGGCCCUGUUACAUAUUAAACCAUUAACCAGCUGAACCAUCCAUUCCUUCAACAUGAAGCCCCAUACGUGUCCUUUGAUCUUACGUUCCAUUUACAUUCAACUACAACCCACUUCGCCCCCUCAUUUUAAUUUUACCGCGUGCUUCUCUCCCAGACAAGUCUUGCAAGAUAUCUCCUUCUCUUACUGGUAGUUUCACAUAAUGAACCAUCCAGCAAUUCCUCAAGUCCCAUUUUUUAACCCUUUGUCUGUCACCAUGUUCCUCCCCUACUAAUGUUGUGUUUGUGGAUGUGCGGAGUCUUUUGUUUUUUCCGCUGCUAGUCCCUGCAUGUUUUAAUGCGACGACAAAUCUCCAUUUUUGCUUUAUACCAGCUCUGGUUUUCCUUUCAGACUCUUAGACCAACACAACGAUAUAUUUCCACUUUCCCCUUUUACAUAUUAAACCAUUAACCAGCUAAAACCACCCAGAAAUUCAGCAUGAAGUCAAAUACAUUGCCCUUUGGUCGGUACCAUGUUAAUCCAGAAAGCCAAACUACUCUGCCUGUCAGGACUCUUACUGCUCAUUUUGUUAACUGUUCUGUUUAUACCACUGCUGUUAAGUUCAUUCAUGAAGCAUCUUAGAAAAGUUACUUGAAUGUAACUACCACCACUCCAACCUAUGAGAAGAUUCUCUAACAGUAUGUUGGAAACCAAACUACACAAUGCCUCUGGAAAUUUCUUUAAAAAAAAUUGUUGUUCUGUUUAUAACUCUGCUAUAUAUUGAAGCAUCUUGUACACAAGUUCCGUGAAGAUAAAAGCUUUUAGUGUUACUGUAACUGUUAAGCAGACCAUGUAAUGGAAAGAUACAUUUCUUAGUAGUUUAUUCACGUUAAGCCUGAUUAAUCCUUGAAUCUUCCAAGAAUUCACCAUGGACUUCAUAAGACAUGAACCUACCACAUCAUUAGAACCCUGUGGGCUCUCACCCAUGUAAAUUGUUCUGUAGUUCUUACUUUCUUAUCCCUGGAUUUCAAACUACAGUUGCUGUAAUGCUCGUGAAAGGGCCCUUUAAUCUGCCUGUGAAAGGGCCCUUUUAAUCUCUACCUAUGUUCAGGAAAAUUAUCCGAAACCACUUUAAAAGGCCCUGUUGUAUGAAGCCUUUCGUUUUUUUGCUUGUUCCGUUUGUUCUAGUGUGUUGGUUCGUAGCUUUGCUUUGCCAGGAUUGCUUUACUCGUUCAAUAUGUUCCAUAAUUGAAUGUAUAAAGAGACAAAACAACUUUGAAUGAAU